CCCAUCCUAUCACCGUGUUUCCAUCCACUUCACUCUCCUUUUCAUUGCAUUUGUAUAUUUUCGCUCAGUGUCGCUGCUCGGCGCUUCCUGUCUUCAUAUUGUAGAAAAGUAUCUGGCAUCAUAAAUAAUACCUUUUUGCUACUUCCAGCGAAAAGUGCGAUUCACAAUGUCAGUGUCAGAUCGUUUUGUGGGAUCCACCGUUUCCAUUAAAUGUAUCGAUGACUUGGGAAGCUAUCAGGGUGAAAUCAUCGCUUUGACGGAUGAAUUGGUCACACUUACCAGGGUAUUUUGGAACGGUAAACCCUACAGUAGUCCAACCGUUAGAUUAAGGGCUAAGGAUAUAUCGAACGUAUAUAUAAUUAAUACAGAGUACUCAGCUCCGGUCAGACAGGAACCUCAAGGUAAGUACACCAUUAAAAGGCCAAUCGCUAAGAAAGUUAGCACAACAAUCUCGGAAUACGCUGUACCAAUUUUUGAACCACCUCCAGUACUUCCAAGUGUGAAAAAACUAUUGCCAGAGGGGAAGGAUUGGACGGACCUGACAGUACCAAAUGGAAAACCUGUUCUAUCGAGGAGGGAUGGAACAUUGAGGCGAAGAAUGAGCGAGAGAGACGAGCAAGCCUUCGGUACACCCAUCGACCAAUCUUUGCAUCAAGACUUUGAUUUUGAGAAAAAUCUGGCUCUAUUCAAUAAAGAGGCCGUGUGGCAAGAAAUCAACUCCAAAAAGCCCGACGUUGUUCAACAGUCUCAAAACAAAGGUGGCAACAAGGCCAGAUACAGGCACGACGAGAACGUUAUAGAAUCGGAACCUCUGGCCCUCAGGCAAAUCGUCGUACCCAAUGCUGGUCCUAAGGAAUACGUCACCGACGACGGCCUAAUAAUCCCCAGCGUAACACUCGACCUCCAACGGCAAUUGAUAGGUGCCGCCGACCGACUUGGCAUCAGCUGGGAGAGAAGGGUGGAGUUGCUGGGCCGCGCUGGCACGGAGAUAACCCUCCAGCUAUUGGGUGGGGCCCACCGGCUUAGCCCGAACAACGCGCACCAGUGGCCGACGGUGGUGGUGCUCUGUGGUCCGCAUCGAUCCGGAGCAGCGGGAAUCAACUGCGCGCGUCAGCUGUCGAGCCACGGCGUCAAGACGAUCAUUUACGUCGAGAGCUCCGAGGACGUGUUCGUGCUGCAGGAGCUGUCGCUGUAUCGGCUGACGGGACACAAGGUGGAGACCGAGGUGAAGAAACUGCCCGCGGCGACGGAUCUUAUAAUCGUCGCCCUAUGCGAGGAGCGCUCACCCAAGUGCGUCACCCCCGUGGCCAAGUGGGCGAGCAACAAUCGAGCCUCGGUAUUGGCGAUCGAGCCGCCGUCCAACGGGACGCCCGGGAUCGUUUGCAAAUACAGCCUCGUCUCCGGGCUCCCGCUCUCCCACUGCCACGAUAACGGUAGACUCUACCUCUGUAAUCUCGCCCUGCCCAACAAACUCUUCUCCGAAGUCGGCAUCACUUAUCGGUCGCCCUUUGGGCCAAAAUUCGUCAUUCCCCUGCAUCCGAACAGCUCCUAGCUCGUCU